AGCUAGUCAAUCACCUCCGUAGCUUCAUUGCCAAAAAAACAUUGAAGCUCUUUAAACUCUGUCGGUGUAUAUUAGCCACUGUGUUUUAAACACACUUGUCGUAUCUACUUGCUAGUUACCCUAUUUAAUAUUUACGUUGUUGUUAGUCAGCUAGCUAGCUGGCUGGGUAAAUUAGCAGUAGCCUAGUCACUAAUGCUAACUGGCUAUCUAGCUAACAUCCCAACCAUGAGCUCACUAAGCUACUCUCCUCCUUCUAAAGAAGAGGUCUGCUGGACGGAGAAAGAAGCUCUGGGGCUGAACAUUGUCGUGAAAGAGGAGAAGGAAGAGGAGGAUGUCACAGUAAAACAAGAAGUAGAGGGUGGUGAGGCUGUUACCGUGAAAGAAGAAGAGAAAGACGUUAAAUUGACCGAAGAUGAAGAAGCUUUUAGAUUGAAAGAGGAGGAGGAUGUCACAGUGAAGGAAGAGGGAGACGCGUUCAGAGUGAAAGAGGAGGAGGGGGAGAUGACUGUCGCAGUGAAAGAUGAGGAAGACAUUUUUGGAAUAAAGGAAGAGGGGGAGAUUACUGUCACAUUGGAAGAAGAAGAGGAGACUGGAGAUCUGAUUAACAACAGAGAGAGACCAGACUCUCCCUCUGACAGCAGAAAGAGUCCUUCAGGGAACCAGACCCAGAGACGCCUUAACCAGCGAUGCCACACCACUGCUCCCAGUGUAAUAUGGGUUUUAAGUGGUUAUGGGAAGCUAAAAAAGAGCAUGAAAGGAAACACACAGGAGAAAAGCCCUUCCAAUGCUCCCAGUGUGGAAAUAGAUUCUCACGAUCACAUGACCUAA